AUGAUCUCGACAGUCUUCGCAAGCCUUCUGUGGUAUGGCGGAGCUCUCACUCCAAUAGAUCCCAAUCACGCAUGUACCUCGGCAUGUGGGUCUACGUCAAGUUGUGCUGAGGAUCCUCAAGCUCGCGGUUCCUACUGCAAAUAUUGGUUGAGCCCAUCCACAUGUUUCGGUUUCUAUGUUCGAGACGAUGGCUCACUGUGUUAUCAGCCCAACGACCCCACUUGUGAUGACAGUGUUCUCCCUCCACUCUCUUGUAAAGUGUCUCCACUGGUGACGACUGAGUCCCAGCUCGCAGAGGGUGACAGUCUGCCUGACGACGAUUAUGAUGACACGGUGGAGCCACCGGCCAAGACUACUGCGUUUCGCCUACCUGAUACCACAGCCGAGCCUCCAACGGGAACCAGUACUGUUCUCUCAGCUGUGACUACCGAGUCCGAAAGGGAGGCAUCUGGUGGACCAUCAAACCAGGCUACUGUGCCAUAUACUGGAUUUACUGACGAGCCACCAGUCAAGACUACUGGCGAUCUUCCAGUUGAGAUCACUGCUGAGUCUCCGGUCAAAACUACUGCCGAGCCUCCGGUCGAAACCACUGACAAGCCCUCGGUAGACACCACUUCCGAACCCCCGGUCGAUACCACUGCUGAGCCACCGGUCGAUACCACUGCUGAGCCACCAGUAGAGACCACUGCUGAGCCCCGGGGAGACACCACUGCUGAGGCCUCGGUCAAAACUACUGCCCAGGUAGACACCACUUCCGAACCCCCGGUCGAUACCACUGCUGAGCCACCGGUCGAUACCACUGCUGAGCCACCAGUAGAGACCACUGCUGAGCCCCGGGGAGACACCACUGCUGAGGCCUCGGUCGAAACCACUGCUGAUCCCCCGGUAGAGACCACUGCUGAGCCCCCGGUAGAGACCACUGCUGAGCCCCCGAUAGAGACCACUGCGGAGCCUCCGGUAGAGACCACUGCGGAGCCUCCGGUAGAGACCACUGCGGAGCCUCCGGUAGAGACCACUGCGGAGCCUCCGGUAGAGACCACUGUCGAGCCUUGGGGCGAGACUACUGCUGAGCCUUCCGUUGAGACAAAUGUCGAGCCUUGGGUCGAGACUACUGCUGAGCCUUCCGUUGAGACAACUGUCGAGCCUUGGGUCGAGACUACUGCUGAGCCUUCCGUUGAGACAACUGUCGAGCCUUGGGUCGAGACUACUGCUGAGCCUUCCGUUGAGACAACUGUCGAGCCUUGGGUCGAGACUACUGCUGAGCCUUCCGUUGAGACAACUGUCGAGCCUUGGGUCGAGACUACUGAUGAGCCUUCCGUUGAGACAACUGUCGAGCCUUCGGUCGAGACUACUGAUGAGCCUUCCGUUGAGACAACUGAUGAGCCUUGGGUCGAGACAACUGUCGAGCCUUGGGUCGAGACUACUGCUGAGCCUUCCGUUGAGACAACUGUCGAGCAUUGGGUCGAGACUACUGCUGAGCCUUCCGUUGAGACCACUGUCGAGCCUUGGGUCGAGACUACUGAUGAGCCUUCCGUUGAGACAACUGUCGAGCCUUGGGUCGAGACUACUGAUGAGCCUUCCGUUGAGACAACUGUCGAGUCUUGGGUCGAGACUACUACUGAGCCUUCCGUUGAGACAACUGUCGAGCCUUUGGUCGUGACAGCCGUCGAGACAACUGUCGAGCCUUGGGUCGAGACUACUGCUGAGCCUUCCGUUGAGACAACUGUCGAGCCUUGGGUCGAGACUACUGCUGAGCCUUCCGUUGAGACAACUGUCGAGCCUUGGGUCGAGACUACUGCUGAGCCUUCCGUUGAGACAACUGUCGAGCCUUCGGUCGAGACUACUGAUGAGCCUUCCGUUGAGACAACUGAUGAGCCUUGGGUCGAGACAACUGUCGAGCCUUGGGUCGAGACUACUGCUGAGCCUUCCGUUGAGACCACUGUCGAGCCUUGGGUCGAGACUACUGCUGAGCCUUCCGUCGAGACAACUGUCGAGCCUUGGGUCGAGACUACUGCUGAGCCUUCCGUUGAGACCACUGUCGAGCAUUGGGUCGAGACUACUGCUGAGCCACCAAGCGAGACUACUGCCCAGCUUCCCGUCGUGAUUACCACCGAUUUGCCUAUUGUAACUAGUUAUUAUCCUGUAAUCGAGCCUGUAGUAGAAACCACCCCCAAUCUUCGGCGCUAA